AUGGCUGCUUUGCACGGUCUCGAAGAAGCAUCAGUGCAGGCUGUGCGCAGAAAACCCACUUCUCCUGGGCACCAGCACUUACAGCGCACUGUCCUCUGUUCACCAGCACACAGGAACAAGAACAACAGGAGUGAUGAUGAUGAUGAUGAUGAUGAUGAGAUCAAGAAAGAUACCAUCACGUGCUACUACAUUUCAAGCACUACAAGGAAUUCUUCAUUAGUGAAGAAUUUAAAGGACAAGAAGGGGCUGGCGGGGAAGCAGGCGAGCCUGGAGCGCAAAGCCGUCUACCAGAGGCACGUCCGGACGCCCAGCCUCCUGGCCAAGAGCAUCCUGGAAGGUUACCGUCCUAUUCCAACAGACCCUUACCUGGGAGGGAAUUCACCCUUGCCACCCCCUGUAAGUGACAGGAUGAGAAAGAGACGGGCUUUUGCUGAUAAAGAGUUGGAGAACAUUAUGCUAGAGAGAGAGUACAAAGAGAGAGAGGUGAUGGAAGCUACACAAGCAGCUGCCCUUUUUCUCCCUAACCGCAUAGUGCAUGGAGCUGAAUACAACUCAUAUAAAACAGCCUUCAACACUACUCAAGUUGAUACUCCGAACAAGGAGUUUUGCAAUUUUUUACCAACCUGCCUUGAUCUAACCAUGCAGUAUUCAGGAUCCAGCAACAUGGAACUAAUUUCUUCAAAUGUCAGUGUAGCUACUACCUACAGGCAGUAUCCCCUGUCUUCUAGGUUCUUAGUGUGGCCAAAAUGUGGCCCCAUUAGCGAUGCUCUCCUCUACCAGCAAUGCCUGUUAAAUGCUACUACUGUCCAAGCUCUCAAACCGGGGGCAGGUUGGGAUGCCAAGGUCUCACAAAGUCAGGACUGUCCAAACACUGAGCAUGACAUCAUGUCUCCAAAACUGGAAAAUUCACUCGUUCUGACCCACACGCAAGACAUUCAGCAGUCAUGUAAUGAGAUACCAUGCCUUCCCCAGGAAGCUCGUGAGAGGUCAGCUUUCUCUCCUCCAAAAAGGACUUUCUCUCAGAUUUCUGUUAAGGAUUCUUUGGCUCCUCAGGAACAGGUAUUAAGCAAGAUCAGCAAAGACAGUACCAAGCCCCCUCCACCGCUCAAAUACAGUCCAUUUCAGUCGCUGUUCCAGCAAACGUUUCCUGACAGAUCAGGAGCAGAGUUGAGAACAGCAUUUGUGAAAGAGACUUUCGAAGAUGCUUCUAAGAAAUACAGAGAGUGUGCCAUUAAAGAGAACCAAAAAUACAAGUUUACAAUAGACAAGUGUGCAAAAGACUUCUUUGGGGCCAAACAGGCCACAACAAAACUUUCAACAACAGAGCCACUGUCAUUUUCAGUUGAAUCCAUCCUUAAACGACCUUCUUCUGCAGUUGCUAAUGUCUCUCAAUGAAUAAACUAUACCUUCAGUGUAGAGAGUUUGUAUGCUAUGCUUUCUGCAGAAUUGCUACUGCCUGCCUUGUCUCUCGUCUCUUAAAAGAUUUGUAAAGAGGAAUUUCUGCUGUAAAUGGUAAUUAUUUCUUUUAUCUCAAAAUGAUGUACAUAAAUAUGCAUGUUUUCUCCUCGGAAAAAAUAAAUAUAUUUAAUUUUUUAAAAUUGAAACUGCAUGUACAGACUGUAAAGUGUUGUUAUUUUAAGCAGCA